UGGCGCUGCUUCAGCUGAGUGGGGCAGCCGCUGCGCUGUAAAUGGUCAUCACCGUCGAAAGCGACAGAGGGCGGAAUAAGGAGCACUCGGUACUUGAAGAACAAACAAGUAGCUUCUCAAACCAGGAAAUUAGAGUGCGGACCGAGUCUGGAAAAGAACAAAAACACACCAGUGUUCACCUCUGCCCACCGCACACUUUUGGCUGAGGAACCUGCGCAGCUUGUCUGGGCCUGUCAGCAACAGCAGGUUUGGUGGAGACAUACCUGUGCUGUGCGAUGGCUCUGUUGACCCUGCAUAGACUCCCAUCCAUCUCCACCGCUCCAGAUGAAACACUCCAGAGAAGAGGGAGACUUCAGAAAAGGGAGAGCUUUGCGCUGGUGAAGGGGGCAGUCCUUCUGCUGGAAGAUGGCGAGGGAGGGGGGCUUAAUCUGGAGACCGAUCCCGCUCCAACUUCUUCGAUAAAGGGCGGCAGAUCGUCAGACAGACGGCACAGACAGCUUCAUGCCAUGGUUGAACUGCUCAGACCAGAAGAUACCAUCAAGCUGGCGGUGCAGUUGGAGUCCGUCAGCUCGGUCAGAGUCAGGUAUCUGAUCAUUGUCUCCACCCUCGGCAGCAAACAGGAGAGCAUCCUGCUGGGCAUGGAUUUCCCCAGCGCAGACAGUGAUCAGUGCACCAUCGGUCUGGUUCUGCCGAUAUGGAGCGACACACAGGUGUAUCUGGACGGAGAUGGUGGUUUCAGCGUGACCUCAGCUGAACGGACCAGAAUAUUUAAGCCUGUUUCCAUGCAGACCAUGUGGUCAGUACUACAGGUGUUGCAUGGCUGCUGUGAGCGGGCAGUCAAGGCAGUGGUGAUCCCUGGCAAUGGCCUGGAGUGGGCCCAGCACUACUACAAGCACAUCGAGUCGGACCGCUUCUGCAUCAACGAGUGGGAGGCCAUGAACGACUUGGAGUCAGUCCGCAGGAACAGUAGUGGACCUAGCUCUGCAGACAGAAUUUCCAACGAGCGGCUGAUCAAAGAGCACCUGAGAGACAUCAUGAGGACUGAAGACCUGGACAACCUCACGUCUAAAAUGGUACACUCUGCCCUGGAGGCCAGGAUAGGCUUUGACAUGAGACCCUUUAAUGAGUACAUUGACAACGAGAUCCUGGUCACCAUGGCUCAGAUGGACAAACCCUCCAAAAUAUUUGACUACCUUUACCUGGGCUCUGAGUGGAAUGCAGCUAACUUUGAGGAGCUGCAGAAAAACAACGUGGGCUACAUUCUGAAUGUGACGAGGGAGAUUGACAACUUCUUCCCAGAAUCCUUCACUUACAUGAACAUCAGAGUGUACGAUGUGGAGGCCACCGACCUUCUUUCUCACUGGCCAGACACAUACAACUUUAUCAACACUGCAAGGAAGAGUGGACAGGCGGUGUUGGUGCACUGCAAGAUGGGCGUUUCUCGUUCUGCGUCCACAGUGAUCGCAUAUGCCAUGAAGCAGCAGCACUGGUCACUGGAUGUGGCGUUGGCCUACACGAGGGAUCGCCGCUCCAUCGUCAAGCCAAACGAGGGCUUCAUGAAGCAGCUCCAGACCUACAACGGCAUCCUCAACGCAAGUCAGCAGCGUCACAGCGCCCUCUGGAGGCGAAUGUCGAGAGACCAAAGACAAAAGUCACUACGCAAGGAGGAGGGAGGGGAAGGAGCCAAGGCAGAAGAGGAAGAGGAGGACUAUGAGGACCUUGACGAUGAGCUGGAUGGUUAUGAGGAUGAAAUGAGUUCAGAUGAAAAAGAGGAUCCAGUGGAGCACGCAGAGGUGUUUGAAGAGCCCACCCCCGACUCUGAUACCACCCAGGGACCCGAGAAGACAGAACCACCAGACAUCAAUCCUAUUAUCACAGUAAAUGAACCAGACAAGGUUGCUUCGAGUGUUAAUCGCAGUGGCAGGAUGAACCUUUUCUCCCUCAUGCAGUCCAUUAGUGAACUAGAUGAUGUGGUGGAUAAAGGACAGAUACCUGGCAGUCCGAGGCGGUCUCCAGGGCAGCGGAGGCAUAGCCUGGCACGACGGGGGCUGAUUCACCAGAGAGAGUGUGUGGAUGUUUCACCUGAACCACGAAGCCUGCAGGACGCCAGUCAAAGCAAAACCUAAAGAGAUGGAAGAGCAGGGAGGUACAGGGGGGAACCUAUAAAGGAGGCAAUCGAUGGUGGAGGAAAAAGUGGUGAAUGAGACGAUACCUGAAGUAAAAGUGUGCUCCGGUAACAUGCCAAGGUUUUUAUACACUGAUACACUCUGGCUUUAUAUUUAGAUUAUUUAGAUGAUGAAAGUUUUAAUUUGUGCAUUGCAGAUCUUAUAACUAUUGUAACAGAUGGAUAACUGUUGAUAAAAGGGUCUUUCUGCAGUAUUGCUAUUCCAGUGAAAGCCUGAAUAUCUGAUGGCUGAAGUAUCAGUGUUGUAUUAGUAUUCUUCUUUUUAGUGUUUUAAGAACAUAUCUUACCACAUACAGAUGUUCCGGUCUCUCCCUCCACGUAGCGUCCUCCCUCGUUCCCUCUUCUGCUCUUGUAUCACCACUCCAGACAAUGCGUGUAUGGUUCGUUCUUUGAUUAUUUUGUUUCAAAACCAAAUCGGAAAAACCAAAAAAGCAAGUCGUUUUCUGUUUCAAAACAAAAACCGAAAAACUGUUAGUUUGAAAACCUACCUGGCUGCUGUACAUGAGCACCUGUUGUUUGCAACAGCUGUGGUCUGCAUCAGGCUUCAUCCAACCAGAAGGAAUGAUCACCGACCGUCCGCAGCACACCAGGUUGCUCCUCUCCCUCGCCCUGGAUGCUCCAGCGCCCAGCUCCCUCUCCGGUACACCUACUAUGGGAUGUGUUGCCAGUGGAAUCAGCGCACUGGACGGUCAGUGGUCGUUCCCUCUGGCUGGAUGAAGUCCGAUGCUCCUGAUUUUAGGCAUAGCCUAAACCAUAUGUUACGGCAACUGGAGGCUCUCGGCAGUGCCGCGCAACUUCCUAAAUUUUUCCAUCUCACAAAGAAAAUAAAGGUCAGGUUGAAACGGUGUAGAGAGGCUGAAUGAAAAUUAACCGAACCUUUGCUUGCCAAUUUAACUGGUAACAGUUAAUGUUUGCUGUGUACGGAUGUACUGACAACUAACACUGAAUUAAUUUGAUACUGAAGAAAACUUAAAAACCGGAUUCUUAGGCUACUUCUGAGGCGUUCCUGUCCCAGUUGCUAGUGAGUUACAAACUGAACGUUGAGCCUCCUGUUUUUCUUACUAAAAACACACUUAUGUUGAUGUUCAAGCUCAUCUUUAAUUACAUUUAAUCAGGCACCGCCCAAGUGUACCUGCUGCAGGUUUAUCAAGUGUAACACACAAAGCUACAGUAAUCGGGCACAUUAAAUAUCAAAAUCAAUAUUUUCCGGUUUUGGUUUUAAAACGGAAAAAACAACUUGUUUUUUUCCGAUUUGUUUUUGAAACAAAAUAAUGAAAGAACAAAAACCAUACACGGAUUCCAGACAUAUCUAUGCAAUUACUGUUCUCUUUUACUUUUCCUCUGUAAAUAUGAGGUUGUAUGCUGCCAAUCCAAGGUAGACUGUUUAAAAUGUGUUUCAUACUCUCUCUCUCUCUCUGUCAUCAGAAGUCUUUUUUUCACAAGAUUGUCCACAGCUGGGAGGAUCUCAGCUGUGGUUUAUGGACCAAGUGAGGGCCAGUUUUAUGGCACAAGCAUGUUUGCCAAACAAUGUAUUCCAAGGUGCCAAUUAAUAUAUUUAAUUGAAAGUCUUUAUCAUGUCAGCAUGUUAAGAACCAGCAUCACCAUUUUAUUUUUCUUCCCCCUCUUUAAACACCAGGGCUGUGUGAGUGCCUUCAACCUGAGAAUGAAAUAUGACUCUAUGACUGGUGUGUAAUGUUUUUACUACGUGGUGGCUGUAUAUUGUCUGUUUUUUGUCCCGUUUCUCACUUCGUUUUGAUUGCAGUAUAAAUGUGACUUCCCAAGGUCUUGCAUGUAAGCAGAUAUAUGUAUUAACACAUAUUUGCUGUGAGGACAAAAUGUUCAGGGUUUUUCUCAUGUAUUUAUAAUGACAUUUAUUGGAUUGAAGUAAAUUAUUCAGUAUACUGUUGUCAGACUUCUGAUCACUAGAUGCUGAUGUGGAAUAUUCUUAUUUCAUGCUGGUGUUAUUUUUUCAUUUGGUGAACCCAAGCUAAAGCCUAUUUCAUUUAACCUGCAUGCUGACCGUUAAAGAAAACAUGCACUUUAUAAACCCACAACACACUGUUCUCCUCUGCCUGAGCCAAUGUCUCGCUGUAUUAUUAAAAUGAAAUGAGUCUCGUCUUCAGCUCUCCACUGUAUGCACCUCUCUCUUGUUUACAAGAAGCACUCUGAGCUAAAAAUAAAUGAUUAUACUCAAACC